UGCUACUUGAUCUAGUCAUCAUAUCGAGUAGGUCUUACCGAGGGAGAAUCAAGCGCAAGGUACUGUCGCGUGGGACCACGCUCAUCCCCAGAUCCGCCGGUGCAACAUUGCCGCUUAGCGACUUGGCAGUUUUGGCUUAGUUUCAAGGAGACGGAGCCGCUAUUAAGGAGCUGAUACCAUUGCUGGGUAGUGAUUGGAGCUUAAAUAGAGGGGUUCCCUGACGAAAACCGUGAGUCUGACGAUCAAGUACAGUUUUCUUCGUGCAGACCUUCUAGUCAGUGUUCUUGUUAUAUGAUCAUGGCGAUGAAGUUUACUAGGAACCUGGCCCUUUCGGUGGCCUUCAGCGCAUCUGUGCUGGGCCAGCAGGUUAAUGGCCCCGAUUACAAUAGCCCUACCGGCGGUCCUCCGGCCAAAUUCUUUGAAGCUGCUGCCUCGAUCCCAGUCGCCGGCCUUCAAACCGCCGCUGCGAAGGCGAGCAAGGUCCCGGAUGUGGCAACGUAUCCUGUGAGCCUUGAAAAGAACGCAGCCAAGUCCACGAUCCACAGUGACUGGCUGUCGUUCAGUGAGGGAGCGGCCUUGUCAUGGGUGGCAGACAUGGAUGUUGACUGCGACGGCAUUGAUUAUAAAUGCGUGGGAAACCCUGAUGGGCAAGACCAGACCAACUGGGGUGCUCUGGCGGCGUACGAGGUGCCGUUUAUCGUCAUUCCGCAGAAGUUCCUGUCAGCAAAUGGAAACCUCCUAUCGGGAAACAACAUUGCUGCUGUGAUCUGCAACGGCAAGAUGUACUACGGUAUCCUCGGGGAUUCCAAUGGCGAUAGCCCGCAGGUUACCGGCGAGGCUUCAUGGUUGAUGGCCCGUACUUGUUUCCCCCAGGACGAUCUGAGCGGAAACAAGGGACACACCGCUGCCGAUGUCACCUAUAUUCUGUUCACCGGCAAGGACUCGGUCCUGCCAAGCAGCGCCCUGAACGAAAACUAUAUCACCAACUUCAGCACCUUGCGGUCGAUGGGUGACAAGCUGGUCAACGCCCUGGCCUCGAAUCUGGGGCUCGGCGGUUCCACGCCCCCCACGACUACCUCCGCUACGAUGACCACGACAGCCAAGCCGACCACGACAGCCGAGCCGAGCCCGACCGACUGUUCCUGGCCCGGUCAUUGCCAAGGCGCUGCAUGCUCGAGCUGCGACGAUUGCGCGGACGACCUUGUCUGCACUAGCGGCAUCUGUUCUGCCGAUGAAGCGCAGACAUGCUCGUGGGAGGGUCACUGCGAGGGUGACUCUUGCUCUUCCGACGAUGACUGUUCAGAUGAGCUGGCCUGUGUUAGUGGCGUUUGCUCUGCUGAUGAGGAUACAGAAACGACGUGUUCCUGGGAGGAUCACUGCGAGGGAUCCUCUUGUACGAGUCAUGACGACUGUGCGGAUGAGCUGUCCUGCAGUGAUGGAGAGUGUACCUCCUCGUGAGGGCUAUGUGAGUAAGAAGAGUGUGUUGUAUGGGUUGACGAUGGACGGAUGAAAUGUCAGUCGAGAGGGAUAUCUAAGAAUGAGCGAAAUGAGUAAUGUGUAACUAUCUCUACAGUCGUGAUGAGAAUGGAAUGGAAGCGUGGUUAGUCAGCA